ACUUUGGUGUAUUAGCCGCAUGCCGUGUGUGACAGUGUGUGAAGUGAAUACAUGGAGCCUUUAUUUCUCUAACGUCCAUCACAGGCUUUUAUCUGGUGCUGCUAAUCAGGGUCAAAGGUCACCAUGGGGUCAGCAGUGGAGCGGACAGACGAACACGUUAGAGAAUAUCUGAUCUAUCGUGGCUUCACCAAUACACUCAAACACCUCGACAACGAGAUCAAGGCCGACAAAGAGAAAGGAUUUAGGGUGGAUAAGAUCAUCGACCAGUUGCUGCAGUUCAUCCAGAGUUUUGACCUGUCUGGUCUGAAGGAGUACUGGCUUUAUCUGGACAGACGUCUGUUCUGUAGACUAGAGGAUGUUUACAGAUCCACCGUCAACAAACUACGAACCAGCCUGUACAGAUACUAUGUGAUCAAUACCAUCCAGAAAGGAAACUUGGAGAAGACUCAAGAGUUUUUCCAGAAGCAGGCCUUGGAGCUGCAGGGUCAAGCCGAGUGGCGUGAUUGGUUCAUCCUGCCGUUUAUCCCCGCCCCUGAGCAAAACCCUGCCUUCUCUCCAUAUUUCUCCCGCCAGUGGUCUGACACCUUCCUGGUGUCGCUGCACAACUUCUUGUCGGUCCUCUUCCAGUGUAUGCCCCAGCCUGUCCUGCUGAGUUUUGACGCUGAAGUCCAGAAGACAACCAGUUUGACAGAAGAGAAUGAACAGCUGUGCCAAAUGGUGUUCGCUCUGCAAGGGGAGAGUCGGGACCAGAAGGACGGGGACGAGAUGGUUCAUCACAAGCUUCCUGCCUACGUACAGAACAUGGACCGGCUGGAAGACACUGAGCUUGACUUGGUAUCGAGCCAGCGAGUGGUCAGCACCAGCACACCUUCCAGAAACUUCUUCUCGACAUUCCUGCCGCAGGGCCGGCGGACUCCGGGGAAGACACCGCAGAGCACUGCCGGGUCAUCGCCAAACCAGGGAGCAUUGGGUAGGAAGGAGCCUCUGACCAAUCAGGCUGCUAAGUCCAAAGAGGCCGCCGCACCCAAAGAGGUGAAGCCUGUUCCCUGUCAGUCGUCAACCAGUGAACCUGUGAACUCGCAGUCCCAGGCGGGACACCAACCAGCACAGCAGCAGCCAACACAUCUCAGACACAAGAGAAUUCAGGAUCAUGAAAAAGAAAGGAAGGAGCUUUUCUCCAAACCCCCUGCUCAGUUUCCUCAGACAGCAGAGAAAAAAGGGGAGGCCAGUGACGCGGAGGCUCCAGCUGAGGCCUGCAUCGAUGUCCCUGACUCCUCUGCACACACAAGGACCUCUGGAGGAGUAGGGGAGGGAGGAGGCCUGUCAGCAGAGCAGCCUUUUAUCAAACUCAGCCAGGAAGAGUACGGAGAGCACCACUCGUCCAUCAUGCACUGCAGGGUUGACUGUUCAGGUCGCAGAGUUGCCAGUUUGGAUGUAGAUGGAGUCAUCAAGGUGUGGUCGUUUAACCCCAUCAUGCAGACCAAAGCCACCAUCAUGUCCAAGUCCCCUUUGCUGUCUCUGGAGUGGGCGACCAAGCCUGACAGACUGCUGUUGCUUGGCAGCGGCGUUGGCACGGUGCGACUGUACGAUACCGACGCCAAGAAGAAUCUGUAUGAAAUGAACAUCGACGAGACUCACCCACGUAUCUUGUCUUUAGCCUGCAGCCCCAGCGGUUCAUCAUUCGUGUGUUCGGCCGCAGCUCUCAGUCGGUCAGGAAGCGUGGAGUCUGUUCCUCGCCUCCCUAUUCCUGUUUCUGGACAGCUGCUGCUCUGGGACACUAAGACAGUCAAACAACAGUUGCAGUUUUCUCUGGAGCCAGAACCAGUCGCUAUUAACUGCACAGCCUUCAACCACAACGGAAACCUGCUGGUUACUGGAGCCGCUGAUGGAGUCAUCAGGCUGUUCGAUAUGCAGCGUUAUGAAAGUGCAAUGAGCUGGAGAGCUCACGAAGGAGAGGUUUACAGUGUUGAGUUCAGCUAUGAUGAGAACACUGUCUUCAGCAUAGGCGAGGAUGGCAAGUUUAUCCAGUGGAACAUCCAUCGAUGUGGAGUGAAACAGUCCGAGCAGCUUUUACCUCAGGAUGCAACUGGUCCAUUCAUCCUGUCUGGCUACAGUGGCUACAAACAGGUUCAGGUUCCUCGAGGUCGGCUGUUCGCCUUCGACUCAGAGGGACAGCACGUACUGACAUGUUCGAGCAGCGGAGGACUCAUAUACCGGCUGACCAAUGGGGAUCCAGCCUUGGAGAGCGUGCUGUCGCUGGGCGGGCACAAGGCGCCGGUGGUGACGGUCGACUGGUGCUCGGCGGUGGACUGUGGGACCUGCCUCACCGCCUCCAUGGACGGGAAGAUCAAACUGAGCACGCUCCUGGCUCAGAAGUCUUAACUGAGGACCCGAGUUCACAUUGUAAAACUGUGACUGGAGACUUUAGGUCAGAUUGACACAGAUUAACAGAAGCAGAUUAAAAUGCAAGGUGAUUGUCUGAUUAUCUGAUGUGAGUUAUAAAAGCAACAUUUUGACAGCAUAUUGUGUCCUUAAUUUGAUGUUUUAUAUUCUUUUUUUUUUUACUGGUACAGUAUAAGGUUACCUUUAAAGAUGUGUGGUUCUCCAGGAAACAGAGGUUAAUGUGAUUUUGCUAUACAAACACAA